CACGCUCGAACGUUUUCCCGCGCACUCAUCCGGGCACCGACUUAAACAUCACAAAGCACUCGAGAGAUCCCAUUUCACCUUCGAAUCUCUUGCCCAUUAGACUUGAACCUUUCGACAACCUGUGGCCAGCUUCUGGACCACCUAUCAUUCACCUAUAAUCAACUAUGGCUCAGUCAUACUUCCCCGCUGCCAAGGUAGCAUCCCCGGCGCAGGAGACGUUCGACCUGCUUGCUGGAGACAAGCAGCUGAGAGUGGAGGACGUGCAGGAGGCAUAUGUGGAGCAAAAGGACCGCCUCGUCAAUGCGAUUGACUCGACGACGUCCAUCCUUGGCGAGAUCAAGAAGUUCAACAAGGAGGAGUGGGUCAUCCGCUACCCGCAGCUGAGCGAGCAGCCCGCUGAGGAGGGCUCGUCGCGCAAGGUCCCGCGCCGCUCCCUGUCCUUCGCGGAUGAGCCCCUCACGGAGACGGACGUUGUCAUUCAGCGCCCCGCGCACGGCCGCUCGAUCACCGUGUCCUCGGUAGCGGACGCCGCAGAGGCCACCUCUGCCCCGCUCGAUGACAAGGCGUCGGAGUUCCAGAUCCUGCGCCUAGACCUCAAGAUUGGCGCCGCCAAUUCCUCCCACCCCGCCGCGCUCGUCUCGCAGCUCGAGAAGGCGUCCAUCGCCAACCUCAUCGACGAGCGCAUCACCGCCUCCAUCUCGCACAUGAGCAAGCUCCGCGCUCGUGUCGAGGACACUUCGUCGAAGGUGCUCGUGACGGGUGACCUGAACGCCGGCAAGUCGACGUUCGUCAACGCGCUGCUCCGCCGGGAGGUCAUGCCUGUCGACCAGCAGCCGUGCACCACCGCGUUCUGCGAGGUCCACGACGCCGCUGAGAACGAGGGCAAGGAGGAGGUGCAUGUCGUCAGAGAGGGCGCCUCGUAUGACAUCAGGGACGAGUCGACCUACAGGCGCGCUCCCAUCAGCGACCUGGAGGAGAUCGUCAACGAGUACGAGGACAGCGUCCACCAGGUGCUCAUCAAGCUCUAUCUCGCUGACACCCGUGCACCUGCGGAGUCCCUGCUCAACAACGGCGUUGUUGACAUCUCGCUUAUCGACGCCCCGGGUCUUAACCGCGACAGCCUCAAGACGACCGCUGUCUUCGCACGCCAGGAGGAGAUCGAUGUCGUCGUCUUUGUCGUCAGCGCGGAGAACCACUUCACGCUGUCCGCCAAGGAGUUCCUGCAGAACGCAUCGAACGAGAAGGCGUACUUGUUCAUCGUCGUCAACAAGUUCGACCAGAUCAAGAACAAGGACAAGUGCAAGCGUCUUGUGCUUGACCAGAUCCGCCAGCUUAGCCCGGGCACCUAUGAGGAUGCCGAGGACCUUGUGCACUUCGUCGACUCCGCGUCCGCUCUCCAGCCCUACACUGCGAACCCAGCAUUCGACGACCUCGAGUCGGCGCUUCGCUCCUUCGUGCUCGUCAAGCGUUCGAAGAGCAAGCUCGGCCCGGUGCAGACCUACUUGUCGAACUUGCUCGGCGAUAUUGAGCUGCUCGCUGGCACCAACAAGAUCCUUGCUGAGCAGGAGCUUAAGCAGGCUCAGGAGGAACUCGCGGCCAAGCGCCCGGUCGUGGAGAAGAUGAAGGGCGGUCGCGACUCGCUGGAGGAGGGUCUCGAAGCCGUUGAGGAGGAGGGCGUCAGCAAGGCGACCAACAAGACGCGCACCCGUCUUACGGAUGCGCUCGAGCGCGUCGGUCAGGGCAAGCUCGCCGUCGAGGAGGGCAUGGUCAAGCUCCCGAGCUGGCCGGGUCUGCUUGGCGUGUGGGACUACGCGCGCGAGGUUCGCCGCGCGUUGCUCGAGUCUUUGGACGCUGCGGUCAAGCUGUCGGAGGACGAGGCUCGCGUCAUCACUACUGCUGGCGUGACCAAGGUGAAGGACCUCGGCGAGGCGCAUCUCCCGGAGGGCGUCGAGCGCAGCCGUCGUGUCUUCAUGCCCGAGGCGAUGUUUAGCACGCUCCGCCGUGGGGCUAAGGCCAGCAAGAGCCGUCGCUCGUCGACCCACGGUGCCGUCGUCGCCGGUGGUACUAUCGGUCUCGGCAUUGGUCUUUCCAACCGCCCGGAUAUGCUCGACACGACGUUCUUUGACAUUUUCGACGUCUCGCACCAGUUCUGGGUUAGCUUUGGGGACAAGGAGGAGAACGAGAAGGAGGACGAGGGCGUCAGUGCGCUGAGCAUCGUCAGCGUCGGCGCGGGUGCGCUUAGCUUGGUUGGCGGCAAGGCCAUCGGCGCGCGCGGCCUCGUCGAGGGCAUGAUGCACGUGGCGGACCUUUUCGGCAACGAGGGCACGCGCAAGUGGAUCGCCCCCGUCGUCGGUGCUUUCGCUAUCGGUGCGACGGCGUACUUCGUGCUUGAGCUGCCCCAGUCCAUUCCUCGCACCGUUGGGCGCCGCGUGCGCAACAGCGUCGUGCAGGACGGCCAGGCAGAUGGCGGCGAGGGCUACGUCGAGGGCAACGCGAAGCGCAUCGGCCGCGAGACGCGCAAGGUCUUGAGAUUGGCGAGCUGGGAUCUGAAGGAGCGCUUCCGCAGCGCGAUGGAGGAGCGCGUCCGGGAGGUGAAGAGCAUGGAGGAGAUGGCGCGCAAGGCGAACCGGGCGAUGGAGUGGUUCGAGCAGGUUGGCACGCGCAGCGACACGAUCCGCGUCGAGGCGCGGUUGGGGGAGUUGUCCGCGUAAGCAUUUAAUGACCGUCUUGCUUUCGUUGGCUUCUUUCCUUUUGCUAUCUGACCUGCUCGACUGCUAUGUAUUCCAUUCCAUUAUUUUCCCUCCUUGUUCCGCUUUUGCAUCGUGUGCCAUAUUUACGGCGUGAAUGCGACGCCUCGUAACGCUCGUUGUUCAUACUCUGUCUCUCCUCCGCCUUCUGCUCCUCGUCUCUUCGUAUCUCACCACUCUUCUUUGCCUUACUCUAGUACAUGACCCCUGCGGCUGGAUAUAUGGUCGGCUGCAUUUAUGACCUCUACUUUACGAUGGAUGUAUGCAAUGUACUCUGCUGUAAUCGACGUGAAAGUGCGAAGUUAGGACCCGGUGGAAUUCAAGGUGAGAUACGGU